CUGGCGGCUGACAAGGGAAGGGGGCGGGCGCGCCGCGGCUUCAACGGCGGGGCCGUGGCACGGCUCGCAAGAUGGCGGCGCCCCUGGACGUUGAGCCGUCGGCUCUCAGCCUGGAGCUGCUGCCCACCGACCCGCUGCUGCUCAUCCUCAGCUUCCUCGACUACCGCGAUUUGACGAGUUGCUGCUAUUUAAGUCGAAGAUUGAAUCAGCUAACAAACCAUGAUCCGCUGUGGAUAAGGCACUGCAAGAAGUACUGGCUCAUUUCGGAAGAGGAAAAACGUCAGCGAAAUCAGAGCUGGAAAGCCAUCUUCAUCAGCACCUACCGUGACCUGGGCAGAUACAUUCAAUACUACGCGACGCUGAAAAAGGCCUGGGAUGACCUAGAGAAGUACUUAGGGCAGCGGUGUCCUCGGAUGAUUGGGUCUCUGAAAGAGAGUGUGCGGGAGGAAGAUCUGGACGCUGUGGAAGCUCAGAUAGGCUGCAAGCUGCCCGAGGACUAUCGGUGUUCAUUCCGUAUUCACAAUGGACAGAAGCUGGUUGUGCCUGGCCUGAUGGGGAGUAUGGCGCUGUCAAACCACUACCGCUCUGAAGACUUGCUGGACAUUGACACGGCAGCAGGAGGCUUUCAGCAGAGGCUGGGGCUGAAGCAAUGCCUUCCUCUUACCUUCUGCAUUCAUACUGGCCUGAGCCAGUACAUGGCCCUGGAGAGUGUGGAGGGGCGAAAUAAAUACGAGAUCUUCUAUCAGUGCCCAGACCAAAUGGCUCGCAACCCAUCUGCUAUUGAUAUGUUCAUCACAGGUACAUCGUACUUGGAGUGGUUUACAUCCUACGUAAACCAAGUUGUAACUGGUGGUUACCCUAUCAUCAGAGACCAGAUUUUCAGGUAUGUGCAUGACAAAGAAUGUGUUGCCACCACAGGAGACAUCACUGUUUCAGUCUCCACAUCUUUUCUACCUGAGCUCAGUUCUGUGCAUCCACCGCAUUAUUUCUUCACUUACAGAAUCAGAAUUGAAAUGUCCAAAGAUGCUCUUCCCGAGAAGGCUUGUCAGCUGGACAGUCGAUACUGGAGAAUAAUAAAUGCCAAAGGUGAUGUAGAAGAAGUGCAGGGUCCUGGAGUAGUUGGGGAGUUUCCAAUCAUCAGUCCAGGGAGAGUCUAUGAGUACACCAGCUGUACUACAUUCUCCACCACAUCUGGGUACAUGGAGGGCUACUACACCUUCCGGUGCCUCUACUACAAGGAAAAAUUCUUCAACGUCACAAUUCCCAGAUUCCAUAUGGUGUGUCCAACAUUCAAGGUGUCCAUAGCACGAAUGGAGACCAGCCACAAUGAGUAUGCAGUGGACGAGGAUGAGGACUCCACAGACACUGACGAGUACGAAGAGCGGCGGCGAGUGCUGGACAUCCCCGCGCCCUCGGGACGCUGCCCGCACCACACCUGAUGGCAGCACGACACAGACUGCUCCUGGGGCUCUGCAUAAGGACGCUUGUGACUGCUGUACGUGGGCUCUGCUGCUCGGCAGGGCAGCCAGCACCAGUGCUGGUGCCAGCUUUGAUACUCUUCAAAGUACAACUUGUUUUUUCUGUUUUGGAUGUGAGAAAGGGGCGGGGCGGGGAGGGAGGGGGAGAUAGGGAGAAGAAGAAAAAGUAUUUGGGCUUUGUUCACUUUUUUCCCCAAAGUGCAAACCAGCUUGAUCACACCUGACAGCAUUAAACUCUUCACCCAGCUGUGGUCACGUUGCAGAGGGGGUGUGGGGGUGUUUUUGUACAAUAGCAACGCACCAGAUGGCAAAGGAAGGGCUCUCAUCCUCCUCCCUGAGCUUCUGCUGCUGACUCCUAGCAAUGACACUUGCCCUUUGGUCUGUGAAUCCUAUCUGGGUAAGAUCAGGUGCUCUUAUGUGCUUUUUUUUCUUAACACAGAAGUGACAGAAACAUUCUGGUCCUCAGAUCCAUAAAUUAGGAUUGAAGCUGGCCUUACUUUGUAGACAAUCCAUCUUUUAGCUUAAUUCUCUAAGUGACUGACUGGGGUGAUGCCUUUUGGAAUGUAGUGCACAUGCAGAAUCUGCCACAUGCAGCCAAGGAUUUCUCACUGACUAGAGUAUGACUUUGUAAAUAUCUUUUGAGUUUGUUUGCUUUGUUUUCUUUUUUUCUUUUUAUGAGGUUUGCUGUUCUGACUUUUUCAUAGGUGAUAAAUCCAUGUUGAAAUACCAUGUUUCCUGGAAUCCUUUCAGGAUUUUUGUAGCUAGGCCCAAAUAAAAGCAGGAAAAUGAAAAAAA